AUGGUCGAAGUCAUUGAGAAGAGACAAAAACUAAACGGUGCUAAUGAAUCCCAGAAACAAUCAAGACCAUCAAAAAUAUUUAGUCCUUUCAGAGUUCUUGGGAAUGUCACAGAUUCAACUCCAUUUGCAAUUGGAAAUUUAGGAUCAACAUUUUACGUAGUCACAUCUGUCGGGAGAUCUUUUCAAAUAUAUGAUAUAGCUACAUUACAUUUAUUAUUUGUUUCACAGACUCAAACUGAUUUCAAAAUAUCAUGUUUAGCAACUCAUUACCAUUACAUUUUUGCAGCUAAUGGGAAAGAAAUUGGAAUAUAUAAAAGAGGUAGACUAGAGUAUAGUUUAAAAUGUGAUACAAAUGGUGUAAUAAAUCAUAUGUGUUACUUUGGUGAAUAUCUUGUUGCAACUAGUUCAACCGGAGAAAUAUUUACGUUCAAAAAGUUACCAAAAAUGAGUUAUCCAACGGUAUUGCACUCAGUUAUAGAUGAAAUAAAUGUAGAUGUUGAAGGUGAAAUAGUGGGACUUAUUCAUCCUCCUACAUAUUUAAAUAAAAUUGUGGUCGCCACUUCCAGUUCAGUAUUUAUCAUAAAUGUUCGUACUGGAAAAAUAUUAUUUAAAUCAUCGCCUCAUCAAUUUGGUGAUGAAAGUAUAUCAUGCAUUGAGUUUGCACCUGUUUUGGAUGUGAUAGCGUUAGGAACUUCGUCAGGAAAUGUCAUCUUGUACAAUUUGAAAAAAGGUUCAAUAAUAGGUGAUAAAAUUGCAACGUCUGGAUCUGAGGCAUCUAUCAAAGUAACCUCAAUUUCAUUUAGAACUGAUGGGUCACCACAUUUAGUUGCAAGUUUAAACAAUGGAGAUCUAUAUUUCCACGAUCUUGAUAAAAAUCAAAGAGUUCAUAUUUUGAGGAACGCACAUCGAGAAGCUCAUGGUGGUGUUUCUAAAGCUCAGUUUUUGAAUGGACAGCCGAUAGUAGUCACAAAUGGUGGAGAUAAUCACUUGAAAGAGUUUGUAUUUGAUCCAAGCCUAACUUCAACCAAUUCUUCCAUAAUAUCACCUCCACGUCAUUUAAGAUCCAGAGGUGGACAUUCAGCACCACCAUUGGCAAUAAAUUUUCCUAAUGAAGAUAAGACACAUUUCAUUUUGAGUGCAUCAAGAGAUAGAUCAUUUUGGAGUUUUUCUUUAAGAAAAGAUGCACAAGCACAAGAAUUUUCACAAAGAUUGCAUAAAUCAAAAGAUGGAAAACGACAGGCAGGUCAAGUAGCAUCUUUGAAAGAAAAAUUCCCUGAAAUAAUAGCUAUAACUUCUUCUGAUUCUCGAACUGGAGAUUGGGAAAAUAUAAUAACAGCACAUAAAGAUGAGCCAUUUGCAAGAACAUGGGAUUCUUCGACUAAAAGAGUUGGGAAGACUGUUUUGAAUACUAUUGAUCAAGGUAUGUGUAAGUCUGUAUGUAUUUCACAAUGUGGAAAUUUUGGACUUGUGGGAUCUUCAUUUGGUGGAAUUGGUGUUUACAAUUUACAAUCUGGUAUAUUAAGAAAAAAGUAUGUAUUACAUAAACAAGCAGUUACAGGGUUGGCAAUUGAUGGAAUGAAUAGAAAAAUGAUAAGUUGUGGUCUAGAUGGUAUUAUUGGAUUCUAUGAUUUUGGGAAAUCGAAAUAUUUAGGUAAACUACAAUUAGACGCUCCGGUAACUUCAAUGGUUUAUCAUAAAUCUUCAGAUUUAGUUGCAUGUGCGUUAGAUGAUUUGUCAAUCGUUGUUAUUGACGUGACUACCCAAAAAAUUGUAAGAGUCCUUGUUGGACAUUCAAAUCGAAUUUCAGGUUUAGAUUUUUCACCCGAUGGGAGAUGGUUAGUUUCAGUUGGUUUGGAUUCAACUUUAAGAACUUGGGAUUUACCAACUGGAGGUUGUAUUGAUGGUGUGAUUUUACCCAUUGUUGCUACAUCUGUUAAAUUUUCACCGAUUGGGGAUCUAAUAGCGACUACUCACGUUUCCGGAAAUGGAAUUUCAUUGUGGACCAACAGAGCUCAAUUUAAACCAAUAUCAACUAGACAUAUAGAAGAAAACGAAUUUUCAACAAUAUUAUUGCCUAACGCAUCUGGUGAUGGAGGUUCAACUUUAUUAGAAGGAGCAUUGGAUGAAAAUGAAGAAGAUCAAGAUUCCUUUUUUGGUAAUUUCCAAUCAAGCAAUCAAAUCGAUGAUAGAUUGAUAACUUUAUCUACUGGCCCAAGAACUAAAUUCAAUACUUUAUUACAUUUGGAUACUAUAAAACAAAACAACAAACCAAGAGAAGCAAUUAAGAAACCAGAAAAAGCUCCAUUUUUUUUGAAUUUGUCUGGUGAAGCCGUAGGGGAUAGAGCUUCUGUCGCUGAAGGUGCAAAAGUCAAUGGCUCACAAGAGAAGUCAGAGGAUUCAAGCAAUUUGGGUUUGUUGAAUAAAAAGCCUAAUUAUGCAUUUGAAAGUGAAUUCACAAAAUUAUUAAGGGAAGCAGGUGAGACACAAAAUUAUGAAAUAUUUGUCAAGUAUUUAAUUCAACUUCCACCAGCUAAAUUAGAUCUUGAGAUAAGAUCUUUGAACUCAAAUCCACCUUUGACUGAAAUGACUAAUUUUAUAGGAUCCUUAGUAUAUGCUUUGAAAAGUAAUCAGAAUUUUGAAAUUAUUGAGACUAUUUUUUCGAUGUUUUUGAAAAUUCAUGGUGACGUUUUGCACCAAUAUGAUCAAGAAGAAGAUUUACAUGCAAUGAUCAAUGAAUACGUUUCAGUUAAUGACAAAUUGAACAAUAAAAUAGAUGAAAUUGUUAAAUAUUGUUCUAGCACUAUCAAUUUUAUUAAAUAG